CCGAAGCAAUGGCUUCUCAAGAAUUUACUGUAUUAUACACUCACCAAAAAAUGAAAAAAUCAAAAACGUGGCAAGAUGGAGUUCUGAGGAUUAGAACUGAUGGAAAUAAGGCUAUCUUGUUUGAUGAUAAAGGACAAUGUUUGGAGAGUAUUUUUAUAAAAUCCCAGGUGAAUGCUGGAGAUAAUUUAGAAAGUGAACGAUAUUUGAUCACAGUUGAAGCAGUGAAAGCGAAUGAAAAAUCUUUUGAAGAUCAGCGAAGGAAAGCAGAAAUUCCAGCAGUGGAUAGAAAUGGUGUAAAACCUGGUGUUUUGCCUCCAAAACAACUGUCUGUCGGCUUGAAAAGGAAGUUUACAGGUUUCCAAGGGCCACGCCAAGUUGAAAAGAAAAUAUCCACAAUGGAAGAUGGAGAAAAACCAACAAUAUUGCCUUUAUCUAAGCAGUGUCAGGGUACUUUUCCAUCCAAGUUUUAUAUUACCUCUCCAUUAUUUUCUACAAUUUGCAAGAAGGAUGCAGAAACAAAUCUGUCCACAUACUUUCAUGAAGAUGCGUGUACGGAUAAUGAUAGAGAACACGUGUCUCUCUCCUCACUGCUUUCAGCUCCGUUCCUUGACAGAUGUGAGGAGACAGAGAAGCAAAACUCUGAUCAGACCAUUGUGAAGCCAGAAUCUCCUCUAAUUAUGGGGCACGCCAAAUCUAGUAGUCAGACAGUCGGUCACAGGGCAGUGUCACACAACAUCAGGAGCACAGCACAGAUAAUAGCGCUUUUGAAGUCUAAACCAACACAAGAAUGCAGAGAGCAAGCAACAACUGAAGUCACAGAAUGUUUUUCUAGGUUUCAGGCAUCAGAAGACACAGAUAGUUUAUAUAACCAAAAAAGCACUAUCCUACCUGCUAUUUCAGGUGACCCUGCCAAAAGACUCAUUCAAAAUAUUCAGCACCUGCCUUUUACGAAGGGAACUGUAAAUGAUAAGAAGGAAUGGAAUGCUGAAAUGCUUCUAAAUUCAGCUGAACAACCUUGUGAUAAAGAAGUCACAGGACAGAGACAUGACAAAAAGGCAAAUAAUUUAAGUCAAGAUUUACAAGAUCCCUGCAAUACAAAUAGUUGCUUCCUACCUGAAUCCACCAUAAGUAGAAUGAGUGACAGUCAGUUUGUCCCAUCCUCAGGUGACAUUUUGUGUUCAGCAAGUCCAAUCACCUUUGAAAAAAAUCUCUCCAGAUACAGAGAGCAUUCAGUGACUAACGGUCUUAAGGAGAAUUCAUCUGUGAAGUUGCAAGGUGAGCUUCAGCCAAGACAAAAUUCAGGAAGAGUGCCUAGUGACCUGGAGCUCUCUGUGGACGUAACGUUGACUGAAAUUGGAAUUGUGAAGGAGGAAUUAAGUACGCACGGCAAAGACUGUGAUCCAGAUGAACAGGUGAUGGAGGUUAACUUUAAUCUAAUGGAGGCUUUUGAUUUUAAUGACACAGACAAUGAAGACCUGUGUGAAAGAGAUGUGAAUAAGCUCACUGAAGGAGACAUGCUUUCACAAAGUCCACAUUGCUUAAAGGGAGAAGAUGUAACACAAAAUGCUGCAUUGAGACUUCAUUCUUGCUGUGAAGCAGUGACACACAGUAAAAACGAAGUCAAAUGUUCAACAUCUGACAGAGAGAACGAGGGAAAUGACUGCGCUGAGGGUAUACCGUCUCAGCUUUGUGACAACAAUGUUGGAGAUAUAGGGAGAAUUGCAGGAGAUUCGGCAAACCGGACCAGAAUUCAAGUGGAACUUUUGGGUGACGGACACAACAUAAAAGAGAUUAAUGAAAGUCAAUUAAAUAUUGAAGCCACAAACAAUAAGAAGGAUCUUGAUGGCUGUGCAGCGCCUGCUAUUGAUGGCACAUCAUGGAUAAAAAGCAAGCGCUCUGACCUUUUGCCUGGUGACACAGAUGUUAAUGAAUGUCACCCUAAAACCAGUAUGUUUGAGAAAACUGAAAGUAUUUCAUGUAUUUCUACCAGCAAAAUAAUUUCUGCAAUGGACAAAAGGACCGAAGAAGAUGUUAUACAGCUUGGAUGCAUGAAAUCCCCAGAUGUUGAUUUAGAACACUUCUGGGAUACUAACAGUGAUGACAUUAAACCAGGUAGUCCUUUGCUGGCUUUGUCACAAAAAUCAGAUCCUAGCUAUGGCUCAUUCCAGUAUAUUGCAGAAGACCAUCAAAAGGUAUUUGGCGUUUCACAUAAGGAAGAUAAUCUCAUUUCCAGAAGUUCUAUCUAUCCUUUAGGAAAAGGCCAUUCGUCUCCAGAGGAAACAGCAAUAGGUGAAACUGAGUCUGAAAAUGUAGAGAGCAUAAAUGCCUUUCAUGAAGCCUGCAAAGGUGAAGGAAUAGGAACGGAUUGCCUGAAAUGCACAGCAAUGGCUGAAAAUUUGUCAGAUCUUCCUGAUUUGGUAAAUGAUAUCGCUCUUCUAAGAGCUUUAACUCAACAUAGCACAGCAUUAGAAAGCUUACAAAAGAUGGAGGAAAAUAAUAGCAUAUUAUAUGAAGCAGAGACUUCUAAAGAGAUAUUUGAACCUCUUGUGAAAGAUGAAGCUAUAAAACAGUUUACAGAAAUGCCUUACUCAGAAAGUAUACAGGCAUCUUCCUGUUCAUACUUUGAUUCUUCCGGCCUUAUGCCCAGCUGUGUGGACAAUUUAUUACAGAAAACAGAGGCAUGUAUUCUACCAAUAGCAGCGGCCCAAAGACACCCUAGGACAUCUGACUGCCAACCAAAGCCUGUUGCAUUUCAAGGGCACCAAGUAAAGGGAUCAGCAGCUAGUGAGAUAAUGUUGAGAGCUCCCUGCUCAAAGCUAGGAUGGCAGCAGUACGCAGAUAAUACGGAGUUUGCAGCUGAGAGAUUUUUGUCACCCCUGUUUUCAAGCAAUUAUGUCCUUUCUGACUUCAGACAGUCUCCAGGCUCAAGAAGUCUUCAUGAGGAUGAUAUCAACUUUAUCAGAGCAGAGAAUUUUCAAAAGAAGUCUAACAUUAUUAAAGAGUCAAGAACAGAUCAGUCCUCAUUGGCAUCGAAUGUGUAUUCUGAAGUUUCACCACGGACAACAUCAGUCUCACCUUCACGUUCUGAUUUGAGACAAACGCAGUGGACUUCAUGGGAACCUGACAAGAUUAUUUCAUCAGCAGAACUGACUUCCUCACUUGAUCCAGACUCUGCAAUUUCUCCAGCUUCAGGAAGUGAGGAAACUAUUGGAGACAUCCAGGAGCCCCUGAUACGCAGGAUCUUGCCAAGUGAACCAGAACUUUCAGAAUUUUUUUUCACACGGGAGAAACCCGGCUAUCCAGAGGAAUGCAACCUCUCAAGAUUCAAACCCACAGUUAAAACACGAACUCCAUUUGUCACUCUUCCUGCCCCUGAGAAGACUUCUGACGCAGUUUAUCCAACCGACUGCGAGGAGGUCCAGCAAUCUUUCGGCUCUUCAGCAGUCCAUUUAGGCAACAAGUCAGCGGUAUUUCCUAUUAGUGCUUUAGGCCCUGAGGACAGAAAUUAUGAAACCUCUGUGUUUGGAGAUGAUACAGAAGACAGAGAAAGGGAAUCCAUACAACCAGUGUUUCCUAAUGUGACUUCACAAUAUAGACAAAGCAAGUGGCUAAAAUAUCAAAACAGUGCUCAGUGUGACUUGAUAACUCAAAACAGCGAUGAUGGGGAAGUGACUGAUGACAUCUGUGCUGAGAACGUCCUUGGAAUGCCGCUGGGUGACACAGGAGAGAGCAGUGCUGUGAAUAAAAGUGCUCCCGGCUCUGCACCUCUCCUGACAGCAAAGAGCGUGCUUGGUAAAUGCUGUGCAAAUACCAGCAACCAAGAUUUGAUUUCAGAGGGGAAGUUACUUUCUCUGCACUUAAGUCAGACACCUUUGGCUGCAGCAACACAAAAGGUGUUAAGUCAUCUGAGCUGCCACACUGUAACAGGAGACGGCCAGGACAUAAUGAUUUCCGAGUUGUCUUUUCCUAAUGCGGAUAAAGUCAAAUAUGCUACUCUUCCUAAAAGAAAGAUUUCCAUACCAACUGUGUUUCAGUCUCAUGUUCACUACAAACAGAUUUUUAAAGCUGCUCUGACAGAGCAAUUAAACAUAAUGCUGUUUGAGUUGUCACAAAGAUUACACAAUGCUCUUUCAAAAGUGGAUAUAUCAUUUUACACUUCAUUGAAAGAUGGGCAAAGUGAGAGCAAAGAAAGCUGCGUUCCACUCUGCAAUCACAUGCGUCCUGCUAAGCUUGUUACGGUUAAAAAAGAAGGUCAAAACAAGGGUCGUUUGUUCUAUACCUGUGAUGCCCCAAAAGCUGAGCAGUGUUUGUUUUUCAAGUGGAUAGAAGAUGUGAACCCCGCACAGAUAAAAUCCAGACCUACUGUAGUGCUUCAUGAUAUAAAAAGUAUUGGGACAUACCUCAGAAGUCAAAAGAUUUCUCUCUAUGAGGGAUGCCAGCUUUUGGUGAGGAAAGCCUUUGAAAUUCAAACACAGCGGUGUAGUAAGUUCAAGAAAUUUAUGAAUACACCUGCCAGAUUUGAUGGCGAUUCCAAAAACAAAUUAUACCUCAAACUAAACAGAAAGGAGCAUUAUUCUCUCUAUAGCAAAGAUGAUAUUUGGGUUGUUUCGAAGACUCUGAACUUUGAUCCCCUUGAUACUUUCAUUGCAAGUAGUGCUUUCUUUGGACCAUCCUCCAACAAUGAAGUAGAAUUACUACCACUGAGAGGCUACUGUCCCUCAAACUGGCGAUCAAAUACAUUUGUUCAUGCCUUGCUGGUUUGUAAUGCUAGUGGUGAGCUUACAUCUUUAAGAAAUAUGGAGGAGCACUUCAAUCCAUCUACGUUACCACUAAUACCAUAUCUACUAAAAAUGAAUUUUGAUUCUAAAAAUGCUACCAGUAGAGUCAACAAAAGAAAAUUUAUUCCACCUGCCAUCAGCCUGAAACGCACAACGAUGUAUGGACCUGUCAGCACUGAAGUGGCAAUGGGAAUAGCUGAAAAGAUGAUCCAAACAUUCUCGUUGAACCCGGAUCAAGCUACGUCACUGAUUCAGAUAGCUCAGAUGAUGACCUCAUGUGAAAAUACCAAAGCAGUGGAAGAACAUCAGAUCUUCCCUAUCACAAUCAUACGUGGUGUUUUUGGAGCUGGAAAGAGCUAUCUGCUGUCUGUUGUGAUCUUGUUCCUAGUACAGCUCUUUGAAAGCAGUGAAGCUACGGAAGGUCCAAGGCCAGCUCCAUGGAAACUUCUGAUUGCUUCUUCCACUAACGUUGCCGUUGACAGGAUACUGCUGGGUCUACUUGAUCUUGGAUUUGAGGAUUUUAUCAGAGUGGGAAGUAUUAGGAAAAUCACCAAAGCAAUUCUUCCCCAUAGUUUACAUGCUGGCUCAGGAAAUGAAAAUGAGCAGUUAAAAGAGCUGCUUGCUCUCAUGAAAGAAGAUUUAACUCCAGUUGAAAAAAUAUACGUAAGGAAGAGUAUUGAGCAACAUAAACUGGGGACCAAUAAAACUAUACUGCAACAGGUAAAAGUGGUUGGAGUGACCUGUGCUGCCUGCCCGUUCCCUUGUCUGAAUACUCUUAAGUUUCCUGUAGUGAUGCUGGAUGAGUGCAGUCAGAUGACUGAACCUGCUUCUCUCCUUCCCAUCGCAAGGUUUCAGUGUGAAAAGCUAGUCCUUGUUGGAGACCCUAAGCAAUUACCGCCAACUAUUCAAGGGUCUGAGAGUGUUCAUGAAAAGGGAUUGGAGCAGACUCUUUUUGACCGGCUUUGCUUGAUGGGACAUAAACCAAUACUUCUUCGGACACAAUACCGAUGUCACCCUGCUAUUAGUGCCAUAGCCAACGAGCUGUUCUAUGAAGGAAAUCUGAUAGAUGGUGUUUCCGAGAAAGACAGAAGUCCUUUACUGGAUUGGCUUCCAACACUAUGUUUUUAUAGUGUUAAUGGGGUAGAGCAAAUUGAAAGAGACAACAGCUUUUAUAACAUGGCAGAAGUUCAUUUUACAGUCAAGCUCAUCCAGUCUCUGAUUGCAAGUGGAAUAGAAGGAUCUGCAAUUGGUGUGAUUACUCUUUAUAAAUCACAGAUGUGUAAGAUUCAGAAUUUGCUGAGUGGCGUACACUCUGAGGCUUUUGAAACUAAAGCUGUCCAGGUGUCCACUGUAGACGCAUUCCAAGGAGCUGAGAAGGAGAUCAUUGUUUUGUCGUGUGUAAGAACAAGACAAAUUGGGUUCAUAGACUCAGAAAAGAGGAUGAACGUUGCACUAACGAGAGCAAAGAGGCAUUUGUUGAUUGUUGGAAAUCUGGCCUGUUUAAGUAGGAACAGACUGUGGGGACAAGUAAUUCAUCACUGCAAAGGAUGGGAAAAUGGAUUACAACAUGUAAGCCAGUGCGAGCAGCAGCUAAACAACAUUCUUAAGUGUUAUUUGGAGAAACAGAAGGAAGAGGAACAGAGUAAGAAAAAGGAAAAAUAAAAUGUGUGCCUAUUUUAUGAAGAAAAUAUGAAUUGCGUCUCUAUAAAAAUGAUCAGAAUGAUUGCAAAUCUAGUAUUUAUAUUUAAUGUGGAAAAUUUUUGUUUGUAUCUCAGUGCACUGACACUUCUGUUUUGACCCCUUGUUUGUGUGAGUAAAAAUGUAUAAAGUAA